AACGGCGCUUGAUUAAGCGACAGAAGCAACGUCGCUUGUUUCCCUUCCAAUCUUAAUCGGCGACAAGAGAAUCGGAGAAGAAGCGACCGGAGAAGCUGUUGACGAAGUCAUCUUUCUCAGCCAUCACACCGCCGUUUCAGAUGAAAACACUGAGAUGAAGAGAUUACAAAACCCAGAAUCUAACGCAGUGGCGACGGAGGUAUCAAUGGCUGCGUCUAUAGCUUUUUCAACCACUCUCAUCUCCUCCACUCGAGUUUCUCCAGCCAAGUCUUCGCUUCCGUCUCCCUCCUCACUCUCUUUCCUUCGAACUAUAUCCUCCACUCUCCGCUCUGGCUUUGCUCUCCGCUCUUCCCUCAGCUCCAGCUCUCUCGCCGGACCUUCACUAUCAAAGCUCAGGCCGAUGAUCUUCCAUUGGUUGGAAACAAGGCGCUUGAUUUUGAGGCUGAGGCUGUGUUUGAUCAGGAGUUCAUCAAGGUUAAGCUCUCUGAAUACAUUGGGAAGAAGUAUGUGAUUCUCGUUUUCUACCCUUUGGACUUCACUUGAGACACACAGAGAGAUAAGUCAUAUGCAAGCAAUGCAGGUCCGUGUGCCAUUGGUUCUGACAUGUGGUCUUGUUUUCUUCUUGUUGUCUUGCUUUCUUGUAUCACGGACCUAGAGAUUGUCAUGUUUUCUUGUGAUCUUGUUUUGCAGGUCAAGAAGAGUGAAGAUGUCCAGUUUCAUCUCUUUGUUUCAAGACAGGUACAUGUUCUGAUUCUAGCUCAUUGCUUAACUAUAAACAGAAGCUCCUUUGUCUCUGUAUUUUGAUCAAAUCUUUGAAAUUAUUUUUAAGCACUCCUAAAUAAGCAAUUACCAUUAGAAGACAUUUAUUUAGAGAUUGCUUAAGAUAAUUGCUUAACACUCAUAUAUUGUUAAAAAAUGAUUAAGCACUCCUAUUAGAGUUGUUGGGUUAAUGAUGCUCUUAGUGGCUCAAUAAUGCGAAGCCAACAAUGUGGUCGGUUGCAAGUUUCUGAAAGGUUUUUGAAAUAAAUAGUGAAAAUAAUGUCGGAAAAAUAUGGUUAGGAACUUAGGACUAAUGGAACAUAUGGCUGAAAAAUGGUAGAAAAAACCUUUCGUACUAAUUUUAACAAUCAAAGGUGAGGAAAAUAUUUAAGAUUUGAUUGGGACGGUUGCGUUUAUAAAUUAAAGACGGCGAAAAAUUCAAAAGUGAAAAUGUUUAAACGAGAACACAAGCAUUUUGUAAAUAUUUUUUGUGUGUUUGUCUGCUCGAUUUUUAUUCUGCAAUUUUUUUUUGUCAUAAUGUUAUGGAACAAGCCGCACUUCU